AUGGAUCCAGUUUGGGGCGCCUCCCGCAAGUCAACUCGUGUGCAAGGCGACAUCAUUGCGCCAGGAAGCGGUGGAUCAAAACUAGUUCAAUUGCAACGACAGAGCUCAGGCAUCGGAUCUGGACUCCCGACACUUUCAACAAACUCUCUCUCUUCGAUCUCCUCGGGCCCUCUCAGCAGCAGCAGUCUCAACAGUCAUAGCGCCAACCUUCAUGGAUCUGGCAUAACUCAACCAGGACUGUCGGCAUUCCUGACUGGACCUAGCGCCCUGGAUUCUCUAGAACUUAACAGCCACAGUAAUACUAGCGGCACUGGCAGCAGAAUCAAUAGCGAUUAUGGCAUUACGGGUUCAGGAGGACUUGGAUCGAGAAACGCCCUGCUCUCGGGAGGAAUUGGGUCUGCAGGGGUAUCUGGAUAUAUCGGAUCAACUGGAGGCGGCGGUGGCACUGCAAGUGGCGGCGGCGGAGCUGGAGGAGUAGGACAGGCAUCAGCUCAUACGGCAGGAUCGUCCCUCAAUUCCGGAAACGGAUCGAGUGUGGUGGCCUCGUCUGAGAUCCACCCCUUGCACUUCAACUGGGUCUUUUGGUUCAUGCACCGUCCACCUGGCAGCAAAAUCGUGAACUAUGAGAGUGCCAUGAAAAAGAUUGCCACCUUUGGCUCGGUUGAGGACUUUUGGGCUGUAUACUCGCAUCUCCGUCGACCACACGAGCUGCCGAAUGUGAGCGACUACCAUAUGUUCAGACAGGGAGUCCGGCCUGUAUGGGAGGAUGCAGCCAACAUUAACGGUGGCAAAUGGAUCGUGCGACUCAAGAAGGGCUUGGCCAGUCGGUAUUGGGAGAAUUUGAUCAUGGCUGUCAUAGGAGAUCAGUUCGAUGUGGGAUCGGAGAUUUGCGGCAUUGUAUUGUCGAUCCGCGGCGCAGAGGAUAUUCUGUCGAUAUGGAACCAGUCAUCCCAGGGCGGUCGCACCAAUCUGAAGAUCAGGGAUACCAUGAAGAGAGUGCUGAGCUUGCCUGCUGAUACCAUUAUGGAAUACAAGACCCACAACGACGCCUUGAAGGAUAACAGCAGCUUCAGGAACACGGAUGUCUUCAGGUGA